AUGAAUUUGCUCGGCAUUCACCAAUCGGCCUCCCGGCCCAGCCUGAUGUCGUCGUUUUGGAGUAUCCACGCCCAAGUGCCGAACAAUGACGCCGACAGUUUGGACAUGAAAAACUGUUCCUUGAUAUCGCUACCGGACGCGGCUAGUCACAGUUUAAUUAAAUCGAAGGCGUCGAGGAGCUUAACAGAUUUACGAGACGAAGACGCCUACAACCGUUCCGGUCUCUUCACCAGCAGAGAACACGAGGACAUCCAUCUGACGAAAAACAAGGAAAACAUCUCCGUCAACAUCCAAGAAUGGCUUCAAAAUGUCCAGCCAGGCGCACCGCCCGAGAACAAGGCGGCU